AUGACGGUCUGCUUGAUUUCAGUCGCGUUGGCAACCGUUCUCCUCGUACCGAUCGCACUCCGGGCUUUGGCCCCGUAUCUGUGGAUGGAUGUGCUGUAUUUCGGGGAUCUGCUGCGGAUUUUAGUGAAGUUUGUGUCGAGGCGAAGGAAGAGACCUCUCUUCUUUGUUUUGGACCGCUUCUUGGAGCAGACCGCCGCGCAUCCACACAAGACCUUCGUGGCGUUUGAAGAUGAGAGCUACUCGUACACGUACACGGACAAGAGGAGCGACAAGACGGCCAACGCGCUGCGGGCUCAGCCCGGGUAUCGGGCCGGCGACACCGUGGCGCUUUUCAUGGGGAAUGAGCCCGCAUUCAUGUUCACGUGGCUGGCCCUGGCUAAAUUAGGCUCCCCCGUGGCUCUUCUCAAUCACAACAUCCGCACCAAGUCUCUGCUGCACUGCUUUAACUGCUGCAAGGCGACGGUGUUGAUCGCGGGCCCAGAGCUCAAGGAAGCGGUGGAGGACGUGCUGCCGUCACUGAAGCAGCAGGGCGUCACCGUCCUCCUGAUGACCAAACACUGUGACACACCUGGGAUCGAGAGCUUCUCUGAUAAAGUGGACGAGGCGUCAGACACUUCGCCCCCUCGCUCCCUCAGAUCACACAUCACGUUCAAAAGUCCUGCCGUUUACAUUUACACCUCUGGAACUACAGGUCUCCCGAAGGCGGCUGUGGUCAAUCAGAACCGCCUCUUAACCGCUCUGGCUGUUUUGUCUUCAAACGGAGUCACGUCCAGUGAUGUCAUCUACCUUAACCUGCCUCUGUACCACACAGCUGGAUUCAUCAUAGGCUUUAUCGGCGCCAUUGAGACGGGGUCAACUAUCAUUCUGAAGAGGAAGUUCUCUGCCUCACAGUUUUGGGACGACUGCAGGAAACACAGUGUGACUGUUGUGCAGUAUAUCGGAGAGGUGAUGCGUUACCUCUGUAGUACACCAAAGAAAGAAAAUGACAAGGACCAUAAAGUAAGACUGGCCAUUGGCAACGGGGUCCGAGCAGAGAUAUGGAGGGAGUUUCUCAAUCGCUUUGGGAACAUUCAGGUCCGAGAGUUUUACGCCUCCACAGAGGGAAAUGUGGGAUUUAUCAACUACGCAGGGAAAAUUGGAGCUAUCGGACGAGUUAACUUUUUUCAUCAGAAGCUGUUUCCCUUCACUCUCAUUAAGUACGACACAGAGCGAGAUGAACCGAUUCGAGAUGCUCACGGCCUCUGUGUGGAGUCGCCCAAAGGUGUGACCGGACUGCUGGUGUCGAAGAUCACCGACAUCGCUCCUUUCGUCGGCUACGCCCAGAACGAGGAGCAGACGGAAAGGAAAAGACUUCGUAAUGUUCUCAAGAAGGGAGAUCUCUACUUCAACAGCGGAGACCUCAUGAGGAUCGAUAAAGACAACUUCAUUUACUUUCAGGAUCGCGUAGGUGACACAUUCAGGUGGAAAGGUGAGAAUGUGGCCACGAACGAGGUGUCCGACAUCCUGACGCUCAGUGAUUGUCUCAGAGAGGCCAACGUCUAUGGAGUCCAAGUGCCAGGGCAUGAGGGCCGCAUUGGGAUGGCAGCUGUCACUGUGAAUGAAGGUGCCCAGUUUGAUGGAAGUACAAUAUAUAACCAUGUGGUUAACUACCUGCCUUCAUAUGCCCGACCUCGCUUCAUAAGAAUACAGAAUGCAGUGGAGGUGACGGGGACCUUCAAGCAGAUGAAAGUGAAGUUAGUGGAGGAGAGUUUCGAUCCAGGACGUAUCCAGGACCCUAUUUACAUCCUCGACGAUAAAGAGAAGAGUUACAUGGCGCUGACAGCUCAGGUGUACAGCUCCAUCGUAUCAGGAAUCUUCAGACUAUGA